AAAUAAUAAAGGCCGAGAGAGUCUUUAGAUAAACAUUGUAAUUUUUAUUUAAAAUGUUUUCAACAAAGUGUUAUAUUUUGUUGUGUUUUGCUACUUAUUUUGUUGCUAAAUCUGAUGCUAGUGUAGUGCCAUUCAUAAAUCCAUGUGCACCAAACGAUCAGAAAUGCAUUCUGUUAAGUGGAAAAGCAGCGUUACCUCACCUCACCGCCGGUUUACCGGAACUGGGAAUACCUGUCAUUGAUCCUAUAAAGAUUGACUCUGUCAGAUCUGAUGGUAACAGUUUGAAACUUGGCUUCCGAAAUAUCCAGAUCACCGGUGUUAAGAAAUGCAAGAUGACUGAACUUGGACGUAACCCUGAGAAGCAUACAAUGAAGAUGACGGUUGAGUGUCCGCUCUAUGGAUCUGGACAGUACGAUCUGAAGGGAAAGCUGGGCUUUAUCGAGGCGUACGGCGAUGGAGACUUUGAAAUGCAUACAGAAAAAGUCAGAAUCACAGUUGAAAUUAAAAUAAAAGAUAUUCAAAAAAAAGGAGAAAAAUAUUGGAAGGUGACCGGUUACGACUACAGCUAUGAAUUGAUAGAAAAAGUAUUCAUCAAACUAAAAAAUUUAUUUGACGGUGACGAGAAAAGAGCCAAGCCUUUCGUACAGUUUCUCGACAACAGCUGGAAGGAAGUUAUUGAAGAAGUUGGUGGUCCCCUCAUAAAUCAAGUUAUAGGUGUAUACGUGGACUUAGUCAAGACGUUAUUCCUUAAGGUUCCAACCAAAGAUCUUGAAGUAUCAUAAAAUAUCACUGAUAAAUCAAUUAAAAGGGGAUUAUACAAAAAAAUGUAUUAUUUUUA